UUGAAGCGUACCCACGUGUGACUGUUUACAAGUAGGCUAGUUUGAGCUGUAGGAGGAGGACCCUAGCGCUUCAGACUGUUUGGAUUGUGAAAUGGAUGGUUUGCGUGUAUUAGAAUUAUACAGUGGGAUAGGUGGAAUGCACUACGCAUUGAAAGAGAGUGGAGUGAUGGCUGAAGUGGUGGCUGCUGUGGACGUCAAUACAACAGCCAAUCACAUUUACAAACACAAUUUCCCCAACACCACUUUAUUGCCCAAGACCAUCGAGGGAAUCACUAUAAACGAGUUUGACAAAUUGGGAUUUGACAUGAUUUUGAUGAGUCCCCCAUGUCAACCCUUCACACGUAUUGGACUGCAAGGUGAUGUAUCUGACCCAAGGGCUAAAAGCUUCCUGUACAUCCUUGACCUCCUGCCAAGGCUAAGUAAACUGCCACGCUUCAUUCUGCUGGAGAACGUGAAAGGCUUUGAGACAUCCAGUGCAAGAGAUGCUCUGCUGAAGACACUCAGGGAUUGUGGCUACAGCUUCCAGGAGUUGCUGCUCACACCCACUUGUCUUGGAAUACCAAACUCAAGACUGCGCUAUUUCCUGAUAGCAAAAGCACCUCCAGAUUCCUUCACAUUCCAGAUAAGCUCAGAGAUUUUGGAAAGUUUUCCAUCGUCUUCUGGUAAUGAUGCUUCUUCAGAGACCACCAUGGUGCCAGAUUGUCCCUCUGAGUGUCUAGACAGUACAAAUGGAGAGGAUGGGACCAUCUUGUACAAGCUGGAGACAGCCCAGGACGCCCAUAGGAAGAUGGGUCAGAACAGCGAUGAGUCAGUCAGGAGGAUACAGGAGUUCCUGGAGGUCCAGGAAGAAGAUGGAGGAGACAUGGAGCAGUAUCUGCUCCCCCCUAAAACCCUUCUGCGCUAUGCCUUGCUCAUGGACAUUGUGCGGCCUACAUGUAGACGAUCUGUGUGCUUCACAAAAGGGUAUGGCUACUAUGUUGAGGGCACUGGCUCAGUGCUGCAUUCCUGUGUGGAGGAGGAUAUGGAGGAGGCUUUCCGCUCACUGGAGCUGCAGCCAGAGGAGGAGAAGCUGAGGCGGCUGAAGAGACUGAAGCUGCGCUACUUCACUCCCAGAGAGAUUGCUAAUCUCAUGGGCUUUCCCGCUUACUUCACUUUUCCAGAGGAUGUCUCGGUGAAACAGUGUUACCGGGUGCUGGGGAACAGUCUGAAUGUCCAUGUGGUGGCCCAACUCAUCAAAGUGAUGCUGUCUUGACCAGAACUGAGCUUGUGGGAUCAGUAGAAGUAACAACAAUAUCAUGGAUUUGGACACUCUUUUUAUGGCAGUGGUUGGAAAGCAUAAAGGACAUUUUAUUUUCCAUUUCUUUUCUAAUGUAUGUCCAGAGUCUAUUACAAUAUAUUGCACCUUUUGUAUACUGUACAGAUAUGGCUGGUCUGACGAAUAUGAAUGAACUAUUUAAUUAAAACGUUUUUAAUGAAA